AUGAGGCUCCUUCACGCGGCAUCGCUGAAGUUCAAGGACUUUCCUGACUCUGCUACCAUCCCACCGUACGCCAUUCUGUCGCACACAUGGGAGGACAAGCAAGAGGUCACCCUGCAAGACAUGUCCUCGCCCUACCUGACCGACAAGAAGGGCUACGCCAAGAUCACGUCGACCUGCACACUGGCACUCCAGCGCGGCCUCGAGUGGGCUUGGAUCGACACGUGCUGCAUCGACAAGACCAACAACACGGAGCUGACCGAGUCCAUCAACUCCAUGUUCAACUGGUACCAGUGCGCCGCAGUCUGCUUUGUGCACCUGGUCGACCUCGAUGCGUCACCGUCCGCUCGUGUCUCGUCGGACAAUGACGGCGGCAACAAUGCCGAGGACGGCCACUCACACCGCGACUACGUCUACAACCAGAUCCGACGCUGUGCAUGGUUCAGGCGCGGCUGGACCCUCCAGGAGCUCUUGGCGCCCCAUAUGGUCGAGUUUUACGACGCGCGCUGGUCACCCAUCGGCUCCAAGAUCGACUUGGCGCCCUUGCUGGCCGACAUCACGCACAUCCCCGUGCCGGCCAUUCUCGGCGAAGAGCGCCUCAGCAGCUACUCGACGGCCCAACGCAUGGCCUGGGCAUCGCAGCGCGUCACCACGAAGGUCGAGGACCUGGCCUACUGCUUGCUGGGUCUGUUUGACGUCUACAUGCCCCUGAUCUACGGCGAGGGCCGGCGCGCCUUCCAGCGUCUGCAGGAGGAGAUCAUCAAGCGCACCACGGACCUGACGCUGUUUGCCUGGAUGCCCUCAGACGCCGCGGCAGGCGACGACCUGCCGUCCACACAACCGGCUGGCCGGGAACCAUACAUGCCGCUGCUGGCUCCAUCGCCUGCGGAAUUUGAGCACUGCCACCAGCUGUCGCAGUUCCGUAACGACGAUUGCGAGUUUGCCGUGACCAACCGGGGCCUGCGCAUCUCCACGUAUCUCGUGCUGGUGCCACUGGCGCUGGACAUGGAAGACCACCGCACACAUGGCCACAGCCAUGCCCAUUCUCACAGCCACAGUCACAGCCGCAGUCCUGUGUACGGAGUCGACUCCGAGGUAGGCGGCGGCAGCAAUGUCAGUGGUGGCAGCAGCAGCCCACCCAUCGGGACGACUGGGUCGACCCGCCGAAAGCCGACGGCCGUGCAGUACACGCGAUACCGCUAUGUGCUGAGCGUCGGCUUCGCGCGCGGUGCCGCGUCCGAGAUUGGCAUCUCACUAAAGAAGGUCGGGCCGGGCCUGUUUCUGCGUGACGCCAAUCCUUCGCUGGCGUUCUUGUCCAAGAGCAAGCUCAAGUCCACCAACACGACCGAGAACCACUCGUUUUACAUUAUUAUGCACCCCAACACGGUCCCCACGGCCUCGGCCUCGGGCCGGUCGGCGCGCAAUGAGACGCUGUCGAUGGUGUCGGCCUCAUCGCCAACGCUGCCACCGGCACCGUCCGUGCUCGCCGGCGGGGGCGUCGAGUCGCCCCGUCUGUCGACCGCCCAGCUCCUGCUGCCGCACCACAGCCAACAACAGCAGCCGCCGACGGUGCCCACUACUUCGGCGGCGGCCGUCGCCGCCGCCACGGCCACGCUCACGGCCCACCAGAAGCUCUGCGCCGUCUACCACCCGCGCCUCUUCCCGCGCGGCAUGCACAUCCCCUACUUUGGCGACCGCCACAUCUACUUCAGCUCGUUCCCGCCGCAGUCGUGGGACGAGCGCACGCGCAUCUUCUGCCAGCCCGAGUCGCGCAACGACGUCGUCGCCUUUUCGUGCGCCAGCCGCCAGGGCCCCGACGGCCGCGACAACCUCUCCUUUGGCGUCCUCGUCGACUACCGCCUCAAGCGCGACGGCCCGCGCUGCCUCGUCAUCAACCGGCACGCGCUCGACAGCCGCUUUCUUUUUGUGCUCUCCAUGCGCCAGCAGGGCGAGCCUGUGCGCUGGUACGUCAUGGAAAACGAGCUGCCACAGAUCUCGGCGAGCACCAAUGUGCUGCGCAUGACCGUGGGGAGCAGCGCGCAGGCGGCCGCCGCAGCGGCGGGCCAGCCGAUCAACACGGCGACGACGCGGACGUACGAGGUGGUGGCAUCCAUCAUCGAGAGCCGGGUGCAGAUUGACGAGCACACCGUGAUGAUGCCCACCUUGGACAUUAAGAUCACCCGGGUGUGA